AUGGCAGGGUCGGUGCAUUGUGGCGGAUUCACCGUCACCUUGACCGUUCGAGCUGCCAGCACUCCCGCGCCGAGCCUGCGUGGAUCGUCCACCGACCCGCAGCGAAGCUGCGCCUUCUGGGGCGGUUUGGACAUCAAGGGCAGCGUGUGCCCGCAGCAGUGGCAGGGCCAGUACGCCGGGACUGCCUCGUGCAAGUCGUGCUGGGAGGGAGAGGACUGCGGGUGGACUUGCGACCUGACAGACGGCACCAAGGCCGGCGUCGACCUGCAGGCGUACGUCCACGCGUCUCACGGAGAGGGCUACUGCGCUCGGAACCCGUCCGACGACCCGUGCCUCGGCUGGCAGGUGUUCGGCGAUGGCUGCACCGAUUGUGCAGCCAACGGCAUGAGCAGCAGCGCCCAGGCGUCUGCUUCCCUGCAGUCCACCGACGCGCAGCGAAGCUGUUCCUUCUGGGACGGCUUGGACAUCAAGGGCAGCGUGUGCCCGCAGCAAUGGCAGGGCCAGUACGCCGGGACUGCCUCGUGCAAGUCGUGCUGGGAGGGAGAGGACUGCGGGUGGACGUGCGACCUGACAGACGGCACCAAGGCCAGCGUCGACCUGCAGGCGUACGUCCAUGCGUCUCACGGAGAGGGCUACUGCGCUCGGAACCCGUCCAACGACCCGUGCCUCGGCUGGCAGGUAUUCGGCGAUGGCUGCACCGAUUGUCUGCGCCUUCUGGGACGGCUUGGACAUCAAGGGCAGCGUGUGCCCGCAGCAGUGGCAGGGCCAGUACGCCGGGACUGCCUCGUGCAAGUCGUGCUGGGAGGGCGUACGUCCACGCGUCUCACGGAGAGGGCUACUGCGCUCGGAACCCGUCCAACGACCCGUGCCUCGGCUGGCAGGUGUUCGGCGAUGGCUGCACCAGGACUGCGGGUGGACUUGCGACCUGACGGACGGCACCAAGGCCAGCGUCUCGGGUCGCCUCAAUCCUCCUGCAUGCAAGCAGCUGGUCCAUCCGAGUAG